AUGGGGGUGUCAGACCUACCAUUCGAAAUUCUUACACAGGUUGCUUAUAAUUUACCGGCAAGAGACAAACGCUCUUGUGCUUGUACGUGCAAGAGAUGGAAAUACCCGUUUCAAAUGGCUCUGUGGAGAAACAUAAAAGCUCGUGACUAUUCCGACAUCCAAAAGAUUAUUAACAGUAUUAAAGCUUCCCAAAGUAUAUACCCACUACACAGUCUCUGGGUUCAUAGUUUACAUAUGCAUCAUUCCUACGGUGAAUCAAAUUUACAAGAUAUAAAUCUUUCUGACCUAUUCAGAAACCUGCCAAACUUGAAGCGCCUGGAGCUAGAGGUUGGAAACUGUAAAGAUAUUUACACAGAGAUCCCAAGAUCAGACGAAAUAUGGAAGUCCUUAGAAAGUCUGAAAAUAAAAUACAGUGCGAUUAUAUCGAGGGAGCCGCCACAAAACGUCUUGGAAUUUAUAAAUGCGUGUACCAUGCUCCAGAAAUUGGAAAUACACAAGCACGGAGAGGGUUAUCGCAUGGAGUUUAAUGUGGAUGACUUUAACAGCAUGCACCAAAACUUACGAAUCUUAUCAUCUAUCAAAGCUAAACUAUGUCUCAGGGCUAACUUUCCGGCUACACUAGACACAAUCCCCAACACGACACCGGCGUUUGGCAUGAUAUCCCUAGAUAUAGAUUCAAGAAUAUCCGAAAAGACAUUCGGCUAUAUAGAUUCAUUUCGGAGUAACUGGAAUCCUUUAUGGCUGUACUAUUUUGGCUACAAAUAUCCAAACCUGCGUUCCCUAAAAUUGAAUGCCACGGAUGCAUGGGAGAAGUCAAUGGAUUUGGACAAGCGGCAAAGAAUUAUCUCUCUCUUUCAAUCCAAUACAAACGCAUUCAAGCACUUGGAAACAUUAGUCUUUACGACCAACGAACAUUUCCAGUUUUCCGAUUUUAUUUUAUGGGAAUUGCUUUGGGCAUUAAAAGUUCCUCUUAAGCAUUUGACGGUAGAUACAACAUAUAAUGGCGAAAUAGACGGUCCAUACCCAAUGACUAUAGGCAGAAUCUUACAAUUCGUCUCUGAGACACUUAAAAGCCUUUCGAUUAUAGGGCCUAUAUAUAGCGAUAAUGAUAAAAAGCCGACUCUUGAACUAUCCCAUUACUUUCCGUUUUUAACUAAUCUUUGCAUCAGUGGCAGCAAUGUGUCUCUUAAUCUAGAUGAUGUAUUGGGCAGAUGUGUGACCCUUAAACAGCUGAAAAUUUGUGGUGGAAGAUUAUUCAUUAAUCCAAGCAUGACAACCGAGGAGUCAAAACAACAGCAACAACAACAACAACAUCAUCACCCUCAGCAGCAGUAUGGACUACAGACAUUGAAGCUAUAUGAUUGUACUAUAAGCGCCAAAGUAUUUAAUCACCUUUCUUUCAGGUGUAGAAGUUUGAAGCACAUGAAUUUGAACACCUUGUGCAUCCUUGGAUCUGUUUGUGAAAAAACCGGAUGUUUGUUACUCGAUAUGUCACAUACUUUUCUAAAGACUCUAUACAUCGGCCAGAUUCGAUACAGCAGAUCAUACGAAGAAAUGAAGGCAAAUGAUUAUAUUAAUAUGACACUUUUGUCUCAGUUAAAUGAUGCCCCAUUAUCAGACGAAGAGAGCGAAAGAAAGAAAAAUGAGAUGGAUUUAGAAUACUCUACUGUAGACUUUGGCAGUAUGAAUUGGCUCCACACAUAUGAGUUCGACUCGGAUACUGGGGCAAAAGACUAUGUCACUGUAAGACUUUCGGCCGAAGAGGUCGAUAGUGUACUUGAAUACUUUAAAAACUUUCAGUCGAGCAGAAUUAGCUCAACUUUUGAUGAUAGCAGCUCAUGUGAUGGACAGGAAACACAGAUCUACUGGAACCACGAUCUUCACAAAGGAUACGGCGAAUUGAGACUUGGCAAUAUUGAAGCUGUUCAAGUUAUAUGUGCACAAAAGGAUAAUAGUUUUAGGAAAUAUGCUGUAUGA